AUGACGAAAGGUUGGGAGAGUUAUAUUCAUUCUGAAGGCCAAAAGUUUGAGGGUGGGGUUGUUGAGUUUAGGGAUAAGCUGCGUAAGUAUGCCAUAGAAAUUGGCUUUUCAUAUGAGUUUUUUAGAAAUGACAAGAAGAGUAAGAUGAUGGGAUCCAAGGUUGUCAAGUUUAUUAUGCUUGAUAAGAUUCGUGCCAAUCCAAACAAAAAGCCAAUUGAUAUAGCUGAUGAGAUCAAGAAUGAUUAUGGUUUGAAUGUUCCUUAUCGUACAGUUUGGUAUGGUACGGAGUUGGCAAAAACAGCCCUAUAUGGUGAUGAAGCUGAGUCUUAUGCUCAGCUACUUUGGUUCAGUGAGUCUGUUAUGAAGUCAAACCCCGACUCUAGGAUAGUGGUUGAGUUUCAUCGAGAAACACACAGGUUUCAGCGUAUGUUUGUGACCUAUGGUGCAUGGAUGAAGGGUUUUCAAUCUUGUAGAUCUAUUCUUUUCAUUGAUGCUACAUUCAUUACCAACAAGUACGAGGGGCAGAUUAUUGCUGCAUCGGCUUGUAUCCAGUUGCUUAUACUAUUGUGGAUUCUGAAAAUGAGAGUAAUUGGAGAUUUUUUUCUUGAGGUUUUGGCUGAAGAGUUUGCAAAACACAAUAUGAGGAGGGUGACGUUCAUUUCUGAUCUUCAUGUUGGCCUUGUUAGUGCUUUCCUUAGGGUGUUUCCCGAUAAUCCACAUGGGUUUUGUUUUAAACAUAUGAUGGCUAACCUUUCUGACAAAUUUCCAGCUGGUUCUUACCUUAAGGAUCGGAUUCCUUACUUGUUUAAGUGUUGUGCUUAUUCUCGCACACCGAAGAUGUAUGAGUUCAACAUGGAAAUCUUGAGGAGUGAAGGCGGCGACAUAGUUGCUCAAUUUCUGGAGGAUCUCCCCAAGGAGAACUGGUGUAUGGCUUACUUUAACGGCGAAAGAUUUGGUGAAAUGACAAAUAACUUGGCUGAGUCUUUCAAUAAUUGGGUGUUGCCUUUGAAGAAUCUUCCUGUUCUUGAUAUUAAUGAUGGGAUUAGAGUGAAGUCCAUGGCUUCAAUUGCUGCUCGGAAGCAGGAUGCUCAAGAAUGGUUGUCUCAGUUGUUCCCGGCGAUUGAAAAGAAGCUGAAGGAGAAUUUGGAAGUCAGAAGGCAUUGGAGAGUGAGCAGGUCUGAUACCUAUGUGUAUGAAGUUCACUGCCAGAAGUACAAUAACAUGGUAAAUUUGGAAACUCGCUUUUGUUCGUGUGGAGAAUGGCAGCUGUAUGGCUUCCCAUGUUCCCAUGCCCUUGUAGUGAUCCAACAACAUGGUUCUUCCCCGUAUUUGUAUGUCAAUGAGCUGUACAAGGUGGAGAAAUAUCGAGAAACUUAUUCUUUCCGAAUUAAUCCUCUUCCCUCUAUUUCUAAGCAAGUGCAUGAUUUUGGUAGAGAUGCGGUGAUAUUGCAGCCGCCUUUGACUAGAAGACCACAGGGAAGGCCUAGAAAGAAGAGGUUCAGAAAAAGGAGCGAGAAAACUAGGGUGAUCAAGUGUGGUUGGUGCGGAAAAUGUGAUGGUCACAACAGAAAGAGUUGUACAGCUCCGAUAUAG